ACCGCGAUUACCCACCCAAUCGACGCCUUAAUUGAAUCAUAACCAACUAAAUUCGAAAGCACCACUCGACGCGUUCCGCGCCACAAAUCUGAUGUAAUACGCCAUACGGCCGGCUAAAUCACAAGCUCUUAACUCAAACCGCCCACUGGGAAAGCGUUCCAAAUUCAAAUAACACCUCUACAUGCCUGCUGGCCAAUCGCGCAGCAGCCAUUCAAAUAAAGAGUUCAGCUCAGAGAUCAGUCGCCACCCCUCGGUAAAUACCGUCCAAUAGGAGGUGAGGAGUCCAUGUUCGUUAUUUUUUUUCCGUGUCGACGGGCGUCUCGCGAGUGCGGAGGGCUCAUUCGGCCGCGCGCCGCCUUGGCGUUCGUAUCGCGCGCUCGCGUCACGAUGGAUUGUGUUCUGUGUGACAUGUGCUUCUGAUUUGGUGUAUUAUUUUUUUUGUGACGGACCCGUUGUGUGUAAAAGCAUGAUGCCUCUCGCACCGACCCCUGUGGUGGCGGUGCCAUCGAAGCCGAAAAUAGGAUUUAGUAUAGACAGUAUAGUGGGUGGGUCGGAGCGGCCGAAGCAGGCCUCGCCGCCGCUGGCGAGUCCUGGCUCUCCCUCGCCGGUUGCGUCUCCGAGGAGUCCUUCGCCGCGACCUUUGUUGAGGCCGAGUGCGUUGCCUGCGGUGUUCCCUUCUCCCGAGUUGAAGAGGCUACCUUACUUGGACGCUCAAAGUCACCACCACCAGUUUCUGGCGCACUUCCAAGGAGCUGCUCUUGCCGCGGCUCUGGCGCAUCAGCAGCAGGGCUUCGGAGGACCGCUGCCACCCCACCCGCCCCCGCACCCCGCGCCGCCAGUCCCCCGGGAGUCCUACACGCUGUAUCCCUGGCUCAUCAACAGGCACGGCAGGAUAUUCCCCCACAGAUUUCCUGGAGGUCCAGACAUCCCAGGGUUCCUCCUCCAGCCGUUCCGCAAACCGAAGCGGAUCAGAACCGCCUUCUCCCCCUCGCAGCUCCUGAAGUUAGAACACGCGUUCGAGAAGAAUCACUACGUCGUUGGUGCUGAAAGAAAGCAGCUGGCACAGGCGCUCAGCCUUACAGAAACACAGGUUAAAGUUUGGUUCCAAAAUAGAAGAACGAAACACAAACGAAUGCAGCAAGAGGAGGAAGCGAAGACGGGAGGCAAGUCAGGUUCCUCGAGCAUGAAGCCGGACGACGGCAGCCAGCUCAACAACUCCUACGAGGAUGAUGACGAGGAACUAAUCGAUAUGGACAUGGACGAACUCAGUGAAAGUGAAAAUGAAACGUAAGACAGUGGACUAAGUGAUAAAAUUGUGUAAAUAUUAAUGUAAUCUAGAUGUUUAGAGUAUAGUUUUAUUUAUUUAUGAUUUUUAAGAGAUUCUAGUACUGGCGAUGUUGGUGGUAUCUGUACGCCUGUCUCAGCCUACACUGACUCCAAUAACGCUUGAAUUCACCAGAAUCAAAUGAAUUAUGUACACAUUUCAUCGUGAUUAGUACAAGCCAUGCUUUACAAAUCAAGCCCGAUAUUGUCAUUAAUAAUCUUAAUUUCAAUAAUUAAUUUUGGCACUUGGCAUGUCGCAAUCAAAUUUGCUGGUUUUAAUUAAAAUUUAUUUGAUUACCAAAGCUCGUUUAUCAACACACAACAUGAUCAAUCUUCAAAAAGUGGGCGUUAGUUGGUGUUUGCAAUAAUUUAUAUCAAUUCUAAAGCCAUUAUUGUGGCCAUAUCAUUAAAUCAACUUUAUAAAACGGUUUCAAAAUGGCUUCCCGGGUCUUGUUAGCGUCACGGCUUAUUAGAUAACAAAAUUGGCCGUAUUAUAAUAGUUUUCGGGGUUUAAAUUAAUUAAAAAUGGCUCUUUUUUGAUGUUCAUCCAGUGAUGUGGGUAUAAUUAGACAUUUUAGAUUUGAAACGUUGAUAGGCAGGGUAUGUGGUUUCUCAACGAGCGCUGUCAACGGAGGAGAAGGAUAACAAUACGAGAGUUACGGGUGUUAGAGUGAGAUAGGUGUAAUAUAGAGAUGAAGGCGAUUAUGGGUGCGUUCAGGGCCCUAUUAUUAAGAGAUGCGUUCGAAAACUAUCGCGUUCUCGAAUCGCGUUUCGUAAUUGCUCGCGACGUAACCAAAUUGUUUCUCGACUCGUUGACGAUUGUUCUCAGCCACUAUUUGUCUACGCGUUAGGAAUUUAACGAUAGAGAUCUUUUUGUUGUUGAUGAUUUCUUUGACGCGUUGCCUAACUGUUUAGUUUGACUAACGACAUGUCUCGACUAUUGUUUUAAUGUGUCACUUGUUUUUUAUAUUGUUUCAAAUGUGAGCUUGAAUUUUUAUGGCCAUUAUUAAUAGUGAAGUCCACUUUUUAUUGCGAGGUGGUUUUGAAUACUUUUGAUACCGAAAAUAAUAAUGAAUUCGCACUAAUCGUUCGUUCGGCUAUUUUAUGGCGGAUUACAGUUGAACGCUAAAAACUUUACGGUCAAUUAAUCGAUUAGCAACUUUGAUUAUGCUUAAUUAAACUCCAAACUGGUUGGGGAAAGCUAUGACUGGUAUCAUAACUCAUGAUUUUCUCAGCGUUUUUGGUAAAUUUGUCCAGAAAUGUACAGGAUCAGUUCUCAUUGUAUUGUUUACUAUGUUACUUCAUAGGCUGUGGCCUUAAAACCCGAGUUUAAACGAGCGAUUAUAAGGCUAAUUUGUAUUUUCCUUUCCGUCUUUUGUUCAUAUGAUUUACGAUUACGAGUAUCGAGUUCUCGCCGAAUCGAUUUACCGAGUGAAUCGAUUUUAAAAACAAACUAUUUUGUUUUUGUUCAGUAACCGUGCGGUUAUGCCAUGUUGUUACAAAAUGUAGUUUUUAAAAACAUGCUAAGGUAAUAUAUUUUUAAUUGCUUCAUAUUGUUGAGUGGAAAUUGGUUUCGAUAAAUGAUAGAGAGCUUUAGAUUUUACGUUAUACUACACAGAUUUAACUAGUAAAGAGUUCACAGCGUAUUUAUAAAGAUUGAGAAAUAAAUUCUCUUUGGCUAUUCGAAUUCUUUAGUCUAAUAAAAAACAAAAAUCGAUCAUUGGAAUGCGCUAACUACCUCACUGCGCUAUUAAAAAAAAAUCCGAGGCAAAGAACCAAAGCGUUUGGCUCGACGCCAUUCGUAAUUUGAAAUCUAGAUUCCAUUUUCAGCUCAAUUAACUCUUAGUCGAUUUUAAUUAUCGAUUUUAUUCAUUAAGUGUUUGCGAUUAGCGGGCAUGUCGAUAUUUUACGAUGUAUUCUUUCGUAAAAGUCCGUUUUUAAUUACAUUCGCAUUGAUUGCUUUUAAUUCGCUGAUUAUGUGACAUUAUAGGGUUUAUUGGAGUCAUUCGAUGUUGAGAUAAGGCUGUACGAUAUUCGAAUUGAUUUUGACAUGAGAAUUUUGAGUGAUACCGAUGAUUUUUUACUUAUUGUUAUAGGAAAAAGGACCGAUUUUAACGAAAAAAUCAUCAAAAACAUAGUCAAAAUAACCUUGUCUCAAUAAUUAUGUACUUAUUUUAAGUUAAAGAAUUUAAUAGUUUAUUAUUUAUGUUACGUUCGGAUUUUUUUGACUGUUUCGUUGAAAUCGGUCCUGUGUACUUAUACUUAGAGCUCAAAAUUGAGUAGCAAUACACAUGAAAGUAAAACAUAUUGCAUACAUAUAAAGUUAACGAUUCGCUCAAAUAUAGUAGUUUUAUUAAGCCAGUUCCUUUAGAGUAAUACGUUAUGUGAAUAAAAAUAUCUAACAACUCUAUGCAGUAUUAUAAUAUCUACCCAGUGACGUUGGUAUUUGACUGAGUGACGUCACAGUUUGUACACUAGAGUGACGUCAGAAUGCGAGGAGCGGUAUGAGAGAUUAAAAAUUAAAUAUUGAUAAUAAAUAGUAUGUCUAAAUAUUUAUUUCUGAUUUUUAUUUUCUUCUUAAGACCUGGUGUUCAGUGAAAUCAUUAUAUUUUUACUUUUUAUUUCACAAAGACUUUGUCAACAGUCUGUUGUUCUUCAACCUAAGAUGAUCUACUUAUGUAAUGAGAGGUUGUCACAUGUACCUUCGAAAUUCAACCCAGUGAAGUCAACCAUAAAAUGAAGUAUAAGACAAGAAAACUACUUAAAAGAAAGAAAACGAAGUAUUUAUUCACUACUUAUUUUUAAAGUCAACCUAAGAGCGGUACCACACGAAGCGUUGCACACGUUUCACUGGCGCCGCAACGUUGUUAUGUCGCCGUAGCAGCAUUGGACAGUCUGUUAAUGAAAGUUUCCUUGUGACGCAAAACAACUGAGCGGUGUCGCUUUGACGUCGCAACGCAUUCACCCAUCCCCGCCUUGUCUUGGUGGUUGCAAGUCCGGUGCAUCGUGUGACAUGCAACAGAUAUUUCUAUGUAUGACGACGCAGCGACACCGCUCUGUUUCGUGUGUCCCCGCUCUAAUUCACACAAACAUUUAUGCGUGUUUGCCUACAGGCUACACUUUAAAACACGAAGCGUGCAAUAAAGACCGAUGAACGAAAUCGCUUCAAGCACUCCCAUUCAUUCAUUCAGUCUUUUAGUUCAUUCACACGUUGACAGAUGCGUGACAACUGACAAUUGACAAUUUGACGUUUAUAUUUAACGUAAGAAAAGAAUACAGAUAAUGUAUAUAAAACUAUUUAUUUCUUAUUAUGUAUUUAUUAAGGAACUUAUGUUUAAGAUUGGGCAUGUUUUGGAGGACUUGUUCACAAGAUUUUGUGUUAAAAUAUGUAUUUGAAGAUGACAUCUUACUAAUUGCAUUUUUAGUUUAGAAUUUUUUAUUCAAACAAUGUAUUUCACUAAUUUUAAUUUUUUGAAAUUGUAAUGGGAAUUCUAUAAUGUUGUUUUCAAUAAAGAUUUUAAUUUAGUAUUUGUCAUUUGGUGAAGCGCUAGUGAGGCAUAGAUAGGGUCUUUUAUCUUUAAGUCCAAUCGUUCGAUAGCUGUCAACAACUUUAUUGAGAAGAGACCUUACUGUACACUAGCGCCUCUACCAAUUUAAAAACUCUUGUUUCAUGUAUUUACGCCCAAUCUUUUAAAUAUAUUGUAAAUGUCUCUAAAAUUUAAAAAUAAAAGGUUCCUUCUUCUUCGUAAUGCCACAAAAACAGUUUUGUAAAUAAAUUAACUAACAAACAAUCUUCUAGGUUAGUUGUACAUUCUUUUUAUUUAAUAAAAAACAUAGUAAAGUUGUACAUAUGUGUGUUUAGAUGUAAAAGAAUACGGUAUAAGUGUAUCUGUGUGUAUAUCAAGUCUUCAAUGACGCCCAUAAUGUUUCGUUCCGACUCAUUGCGAAAAUGUAGUAACUUAAAAUCAAACGAGUGAUAUAUAAAAUAUAUGUUUUUACUCAUUUAA